AUGUCGCAGUCCAGCUACGUUUAUGAUGAGAAUGCUGAGACUUGGCCGUAUUUUGCAUUGACGGUGCUGCUGGUACCGCUGGUGCCGGCCACUGUUUCAUACGUGGCCUCGACGGUGUCCAGGAAACAAAGCGACUCCGAUUCGCCUUCCCAGUUGGAGUUUAAGCCUUACAAUUCGGAAGCAUUGAUCAAAUACAAGACCAAGAAGUCGAAGAACAAGGUGUUCAAUAAGAAGCUGCUUUUCAUAGUGAUCGGUUGGUUAUUGACGGCUUAUGUCAUCUUCAAGAUCAAGACUGGCACCAUAAUUGCUGACCCCAAUGCGUUUGAUCCGUACGAAAUAAUGGGUGUGGCCGCCAGCGCGACUGAGAAGGAAAUCAAGUCCAAAUACCGGAAACUCUCGCUUGUUUUCCACCCGGAUAAGCUCGCAAAGGAAAUGUCUGAAGACGACAAGGCCGAUAUGGAGACCAAGUUUGUCCGCAUCAAUAAGGCCUACAAGGCGUUGACUGACGAGGUUACCAGGGCCAAUUAUCUGAAGUAUGGUCAUCCUGACGGUCCGCAGGCGGUGUCUCAUGGAAUUGCGCUCCCACAGAUCUUGAUCGAGGGCAAGUUGUCCCCAGUGCUAGUGGUGGUGUAUGUUUUUGUGAUUGGUGUAUUGUUACCUUACUAUGUUGGCAAGUGGUGGAGUGGAGUCAAGUCUUACACGAGACAAGGUCUUCAUGUUGAUACUGCUGCCACAUUUUUGGAGACACUGAUUAACUACAAUCCGUCUGUGAUCACCAAGGUUGACGAUGUGCUGGAAUGGAUAAGCACUGCCAAAGAGUAUGAGCUUCAGCAUCCUGAUCUUCUGCCAGAAGACAUUUAUUCGUUGCUACAAGCCCAUAUAAAUAGAGAACCCGUGAAGGAUGAACUGCUCAAGAUUGAGGUAAUUGCUGUCGCACCAAAGUUGCUGAUGGGACUCAUAGACAUCGCCUCAGGUUUCAGACACACGGAGAUCUGUACGAAGGCCAUUGAAACUCAUAGAGCACUUGUUCAAGCCAUCAAUCCUGUCAACACCACCCAACAGGCCAUUUUGCAAUUGCCCAAUGUGGAGAGAUCGAAGAUUGACUCCUCGUCCCCGGUUCACACUUUGGGCAAACUGUUCACAUUGCCAAAGGAAAAGUGUGCGCAGUUUCUUGGAAUUGACGCAACUUCCGAUACAUUCAAGGAAACCCUUGCCGUUGCAUCCAGAAUUCCAACCCUCAAGGUCUUGUCGGCUGAGUUCAAGGUUCCGGGUGAGACGAUUAUCCCUCCAAAUUCUAACAGUCACAUUUCCUUGAAACUGCUCGUCAAGUCGCCUUCUAAUAAGGGCGAGUGUGCUCUUGAUGAGUCUCUUUUGCAGGAUGAUCUGAGCAUGGAACAUCUGAGAGAUCCACUUAAGGUGAUGAACGAGCAGCCACUCCUGCGAAACCCUACUGCUCCUUUCUUCCCGGAGGGCGAGUUUCAGUACGAAAACAACGGCUGGGUUGCAUUGCUCGUGUUGCAGAGAGACAACAAGUUGGGAGAGAUACCUCAGAAGGUGACGAGACUGGAUACAUCAAACGUGAAUUUGUCGCAAGAGGCGUACAAAGACGGAAGGGAUGCCAUUGUCAACUCGUUCAAGAUGACGGUCCUAGCUCCUACCCCAAAAGAAGUAGGCAGAUACCACUUUAGACUGAUGUUGCGGUCGCUGGUGUACUACGGCGUGGAUGUAGACAUCCCACUGGUAAUGGAGGUGGUGGAUCCUCCAAUUGAAGAGGUUGUUGAGGACAACUACGGUCUCGAGGCACCGGAUGAAGACUCUUUGGCCGGUGCUAUGGCCCAGCUCAGAGGUGAAAAAGUGAAGAAGGUGUUUGAUGAGGAGGAUGACGAGAGCGAUUACGAUGAAGAUGAAGACUUCAGUGAUAUAAAUACAGACACAGAAGACGAGGAGGAGUGA